CCCAAAUCUGUAUAUAAAUAUCUCUUAGGGUUUUGCCCGAUUUCCCGAAGCUUUUUUGAUCUCUCUCUCCGCCGUCACUCUCAACCGCGCGACGCUUAACGAUCUCAGCCAUGGCCGCCGCCGUAGAAAUCGACGCAGAGAUCCAGCAGCAGCUUACCAACGAGGUCAAGCUCUUCAACCGCUGGACCUACGAUGACGUCUCGGUUGCAGAUAUCAGUCUUGUUGACUACAUUGGAGUCCAAGCAGCCAAACACGCCACCUUUGUCCCCCACACUGCAGGAAGAUACUCUGUGAAGAGAUUCAGGAAGGCUCAGUGCCCAAUUGUUGAGAGGCUCACAAACUCUCUCAUGAUGCACGGAAGAAACAAUGGAAAGAAGUUGAUGGCGGUGAGGAUCAUCAAGCACGCCAUGGAGAUCAUCCACCUCUUGACUGACGCCAACCCGAUUCAGAUCAUCAUCGAUGCCAUUGUCAACAGUGGUCCACGUGAAGAUGCCACCAGAAUUGGAUCUGCUGGUGUCGUUAGGAGACAAGCUGUUGAUAUCUCUCCUCUGAGACGUGUUAACCAGGCCAUCUUCUUGCUCACAACCGGUGCUCGUGAGGCUGCUUUCAGAAACAUUAAGACUAUUGCUGAGUGCCUUGCUGAUGAGUUAAUCAACGCAGCCAAGGGCUCGUCCAACAGCUAUGCCAUCAAAAAGAAGGAUGAGAUUGAGAGAGUUGCCAAGGCUAAUCGUUAAGGGAAAGUCUUCUUUUGCCCUGAUGGUUGUUACAAUCUUAUCAAUGAAAUUUAUGUUUUGUUUUGACUAAGAUUGGGAAGAUGCAACAGAUGUUUUGCUAUUUUCGUCUUAUGAAGCUUAUUUCGUCUGAACUACUUUCAAUAGAUAAGCAUCAGUUUAUUCA